UGUUUCCUAUGGUCCAUCGGCCUGUCCUUACUGGAUCAGUAGCCCUUGGUUUCCAGAACUCUAUUAUUAACAAAAACUCGUUCUCAUCUUCAAUAACGGCAAGUCAGCAACUUUUCUCUAUAUAAACAAAACCCCUCAAAUCUCUGCCUUCCAUAAACCCUUCUUUAAACCAAUCUCCAGCUUCUCUUCUUCUUCUUCUUCUUCUCUGUUCUCAUGGAGCUGAUUCCUGGUCUCCCUGAUGAUGUCGCUCGUGAAUGUCUUGUUCGUCUCAUGUACAGGCAGUUCUCCACCGUCUUAUCUGUUUCUAAAGGCUGGAGGACUCAGCUCGAGUCGCCGGAAUUUUACCGGCGCAGGAAAGAUACGUCUACUAGUCAGAAGCUUGUCGUUAUGGCUCAAGCUCGAGUUGACCCAAAUGAAAUUUUCAAGGUUGUAAAAUAUCCGCUUAUCCCGGUUCACCGCCUCACUCUUCUUGAGGCGAAUACGGGUGAUCGGUGUGAAUUGCCUCCGAUUCCUGAGUUUUCCGAUGGCUUGCCGUUGUUUUGCCAGGUUGUGAGUGUUGGGUCGGAUAUUGUGGUUUUGGGUGGGCUGGAUCCAGCGACUUGGGAAGUGUCCGGUUCAGUUUUUGUUUUCGAUUUUGUUUCCGCUACUUGGCGUCGUGGGUCUGAUAUGCCAGGUGUUCGGCGAUCUUUUUUUGGAUGCGCAUCUGAUUCUGAUCGGAUGGUGUAUGUCGCUGGUGGACAUGACAGUGACAAAAAUGCACUAAGAUCUGCAAUGGCGUAUGACGUGGCAAAAGAUGACUGGAUUCAAUUGCCUGACAUGGCAAGAGAACGCGACGAGUGCAAGGCGAUUUUCCACGGUGGCAAGCUCCACGUCAUUGGAGGAUACUCUACUGAAAUGCAAGGUAGAUUUGAGAGAGAUGCUGAGGUGUUAGAUCUCGCGACGUGGACGUGGAAUCAUAUACAACAGUUUCUAGAAUCUACCACGUGUCCUAAAACAUGUACUAGUGGCGAUGAUGGAAUAUACAUGUGUCAGGGAGAGUAUGUGGUGGCACUGAAAGGCACGACGUGGCAAGUAGUUUACAUGCUUCCUUGUGACGUGGACAACGUUGCUUACCUGGCAAAAUGGCAAGACAAGUUAUUGGUGAUCGGCUCAGCAGGAUUUGGUGAACCCCACGUGGCAUAUGUAUUGGAUUUAAACAAGUACAGGUGGACAAAAAUGGAGACACCUAGGCAGUAUUCUGGGCAUGUUCAAUCAGGUUGCUACCUGGAGAUCUAAUGUUUUACUAGAUUAAGAGUUUUCAGAGUGCAAAAGUGUGUAGAUCAAUGUGAAUGGAAUAGAGUUUACAUGAGUUAAUUUAACUAUUAAAUAUAUAUAUUUCAUUAUUAUUAUAUUACAAUUUUCAUUA